UUUAAUCAAUUAAUUUGUUUCAAUUGACUUCAAUUGUCUUCAAUUGGAUAUUAAGCAUCAAUUAAGUGACAGUGACGAUAUGAUGAAUGUAAGGGGUAUUAAUCGAAACCUGAAGAAUGUGGUAAAGAACUAUUCGGACGCUCAGGUGAAGGUACGAGAGGCCACAUCUAACGACCCGUGGGGGCCAUCGAGUACUUUGAUGUCUGAAAUUGCUGACCUGACCUAUAAUGUGGUGGCAUUUUCUGAGAUAAUGCAAAUGAUAUGGAAACGUUUGAAUGACCAUGGUAAAAAUUGGAGACAUGUCUAUAAAGCAUUGGUUCUGCUCGAGUAUCUCAUCAAAACUGGUAGUGAGAAAGUGGCCCAACAGUGCCGGGAAAAUAUAUUUGCCAUUCAAACACUUAAGGACUUCCAAUACAUUGAAGAGAACAAAGACCAGGGAAUGAAUGUGAGAGAAAAGUCGAAAUUAUUGGUCGCUCUUCUUAAAGAUGAUGACAAACUUAAAAACGAAAGAACUCGUGCUCUUAAAGCUAAAGAGCGUUUCGCUCAAUCGAUGUCUUAUAUGGGAAGCAGUGGUAAUAUUGGCGAAUCUCUUCCCAGAUCGUCAUCAAGUUAUCACGAAUCACUUUCAUCUUCCGGUGACCAUUCAUUGAGUGCCGCAGCCCGUGCAGCACAGUUGGCCUCAGAGUUGGAGAACGCUCGGCCACAAACUCUCGGGGAAGAAGAGCUUCAAUUGCAGUUAGCAUUAGCCAUGAGUAAGGAAGAAGCAGAACAAGAGGAAAGAGUUCGAAAGAAUGAUGACAUUAGACUACAAUUGGCUAUUUCUGAGAGCGAGAAGAGCAAAAUGAAGAUCCAAGAGGAUAAACGAUCGCAUGUCGACGAACUAUUAAGUCUAAACAUUGGACCAACAGUAACAUCACUACCCACCGAUCCAUGGGGUCAACCAUUGAACAACACAACAACCAGUCCAACAUUUGGAGGUAAUGGACUGUUAGCAUCUCCACCACAAGCAAGCAAAGUAAAAGAUCCGUGGGGUGUACCCCAACCUCAGGCUAUGAGUGCACCUCUUAUUGACAAUAAAGCCGGUGGUGAUCCUUGGAGUACACAAAUGUCUCAAUCGCGACCAAUGUCUGCACAAAAUGACCCGUGGAAUUCUAGUCUAACAACUACUCCCACUAAUAUGGAUCCAUGGGGUUCAGCAAACAAUAAUGAUAUGCUCUCGAGUCCAGUGUUUGAUUCAAAACCAAUGAACGGGUCUAGCAUUUCGCCAACCAGUGAGAUGAACAUUAGGAAGACUCCCGAAAACUUUUUGGGAGCCAAUUCUAAUUUAGUUAAUUUAGACGCUUUGAUUAGUACUAAACCGUCAUCAGUGUUACCUAUGGGUGGCAAUCCAUUUGCUCCGUCGUCGUCGUCAACAACGACAACAACAACAACAUCGUCUACACUUCAGGGCAAUCCCUUUCAAGCGGCCAAACCUCCGCCGCCGACUAUAAAUCAAUUGAGAGCUCAAAAUCAAUUCAGCGCUCCUUUUGACUCUAACUCAGCAUUAAAUACAAAUCUAACGCCACAACCAAUGUUUCAAUUACAACAACAAACAACAAAUAAUUUAAACACAGGUUUGCCUUCAUUUCCAACUAAUUUUCCACAACAAACAACACAAACUCACAACCCUUUUGCUAUGUGAAGCAUAAGAGAGAAUAAGUUAAUAAUUAAAAUAAAAAAGUUUUUAAAUGUAUAUAAAUGCCCAAAACAUACAAAAAUAAUGGCAAAACUUUUACAGUAUUUCUUUUAAUAUCUUUUUUACUUUUAACUCUAAUACUAUUGUAUCGGAAAUGUAAACAUUAAGUGGACUUUUAAAUGUUGGUAAUACUUGGUAUGCAAUCAUUGAAUGACAAAUGCAUACCAAUAUAUUUUUGGACUUUUAUUAAUAAUAUAGUAUCGUAUGGUUUGACAUAAUCUUGCAAACAAAUUAUUGUAAUUUAUAUCAAAUUUUAGAGAUUAUUUAGAUAAUAUUGUGUUGCCUUGGUAAAAAUACUGUACAUAACCUAAAUUGUA